CUUCUCCAGCACACAAUGGCUGUCCCUCCUUCAUACUCAGACCUGGGCAAGGCUGCCAAGGAUAUAUUCAGCAAGGGCUAUGGCUUUGGUGUCGUGAAGCUGGACCUAAAGACCAAAUCACAAAGUGGAGUGCUGACUGAAGGACUGAAGGUUGCCUUGGAUACGUCUUUUGUACCGAACACGGGUAAGAAGAGCGGCAAGCUGAAGACGGGCUACAAGCGCGACUACGUGAACCUGGGCUGUGACGUUGACUUUGAGGGUCCUAUCAUCCACGCUGCCGCUGUGCUGGGCUACGAGGGCUGGCUGGCCGGCUACCAGAUGGCCUUCGACACGGCCAAGUCCAAACUGGCCCAGAACAACUUCGCCCUCGGAUACAGGGCCGGGGACUUCCAGCUGCACACCAACGUUAACGACGGGACCGAGUUCGGCGGCUCCAUCUACCAGAAGGUGAACGACGAGCUGGAGACAGCGGUCACUCUGGCCUGGACCGCAGGCAGUAACAACACUCGCUUCGGCAUCGCUGCCAAAUACAAGCUGGACAAAGAUGCUUCUCUGUCUGCCAAAGUGAACAAUGCCAGUCUGAUCGGAGUAGGCUACACCCAGAGUCUUCGGCCAGGUGUUAAGGUGACCCUCUCAGCCCUGAUCGACGGCAAGAACUUCAACGCCGGAGGACACAAAGUCGGCAUGGGCUUUGAGCUGGAGGCAUAAAGCGGGAGAACUCAGACCCACCAACAACAAAAAACGCCCCAAACUACAUCACUACACACUCCUCCGCCCUCCCCCCUCCUCACACACAGGUCACCACCAUCACGUAGCUUCUUCUCUCUGGACUUACACCCCCCCCCCG